AAGAGGCCUCUGCUCCUUGCGUGACUUGUGACGUACGUGACGCAUGGAUGUAUUAAGAGAACGUGACGCCGCACCACGGCACGACCUCCCUCUUCUCUCCUCCCUUUGUGCAGUUGACAAGCCCCUUCUCAGCCAGGACUGGAACACGCAGAGAUAAUGGCUGUACCUCCCACCUACAUUGACCUUGGCAAGUCUGCCAGGGAUGUUUUUACCAAGGGAUAUGGCUUUGGGGUCAUCAAGCUGGACUUGAAAACAAAGUCUGAGAAUGGACUUGAGUUCACCAGCACAGGCUCUGCCAACACUGAGACCAGCAAGGUCGCUGGAUCCCUGGAGACCAAGUACAAGUGGGCAGAGCACGGGCUGACCUUCACAGAGAAGUGGAACACCGACAACACCCUGGGGACCGAGAUCACCAUUGAAGACCAGUUGGCUAAGGGGCUGAAGCUGACGUUUGAUUCCUCCUUCUCGCCAAACACUGGCAAAAAGAGCGGCAAGGUCAAGACGGGCUACAAGUGUGACCACAUCAACCUUGGCUGUGACGUUAACUACGACAUCAAUGGUACAGCCGUCCAUGGCGCAGCAGUAGUGGGCUACGAGGGCUGGCUGGCCGGCUACCAGAUGACCUUUGAGGCUGGCCGGAACAGGAUCACCCAGAGCAACUUUGCGGUUGGAUUCAAGACGGACGAGUUCCAGCUACAUACGAAUGUAAAUGAUGGCACGGAGUUUGGUGGUUCCAUCUACCAGAAGGUAAAUGACCAGCUGGAGACAGCCGUCAACCUGGCCUGGACUGCCGGAAACAGCAACACCCGCUUUGGCAUCGCUGCCAAGUAUCAGAUUGACCCUGAUGCAUCCUUCUCUGCCAAGGUGAACAACUCCAGCCUUGUGGGCCUGGGCUACACUCAGACUCUGAAGCCAGGAAUCAAGCUGACACUCUCUGCUCUCCUUGAUGGCAAGAACAUCAACGCUGGUGGCCACAAGCUUGGUCUCGGCCUCGAGUUCCAGGCGUAGGAGGAUGAGGCAGACGCCCGUCCAGUCCUCCCAGCACACACGCACUCCCCACCAAAAAAAAUCCAAAUCCUUUAUUGAUUAGACAACCCUCACAAAACCCCUGUGUCCCCUAGACAUGCUACAGCUGGAGGCAAGACAGCAUAAAGGUCAAAUCGUUCUUGCAACGAUCUACCAAUUUUAAAGGACCACUUUAAGGGAACAUUUUGAAAAUAAGAAGCUGAGUUCAGAACAAAACUAUUACCGUUUAACAAAAAGUUUUAUCUUGAAUUGUGUAGCUUGCAAAGAAAACGUAACCUUGAGUACAGUCAUGUUUGUCAUUUCACUACAUUCAUACACAAUGCUUUAACUUGUCUCUCUACUUUCCAAUGCAGAUCAAAGGGAAAGGGCAGUCAGAGUACACUUGAGUAGUUACACCUCCAAAUGGUGCUGUUUCAUAGCGCCAUUAAGCACUCCUUUCUUAAAAGUUGUAGUGGUGAAAUAAUGAUUUUAUUUCCACGAUUCUGCACUGGAGAGCUCUUAUGUCUGUCUUGAUAUAUUAUACAAUGGGAAGGGUUAGUUGUCCCUGAGGUAUGAAGCUGUCAUUAGCUCUUAGAGACACUACACUCCAGUGUGGACAUUCUAUGUUUUCGUCUCACUUGUUUUUUGUGUCUGUGCAUUUGGUGUGAAAAAUGUCUUUUGUUACAUAUAGUAAAAUCUUAUUUUAUUGACAUUGUUGCAUAGUUUAAUCCACCUGUGAAGUCUCACGAAGGCAAAGAACUGUCAAUUCUUCCUGGUUGAGCAAAGGAAGGGAAACCUGUCAUGCACACAGUUAAACUUCUCUGGAUAAGAGUUACAGUACUUCUUUGAGGGGGGAUGAAAAUAAUUACAGUGGACAGGAAAUGGUAGUCUUCCAAAACUGGUUAUGGAAAAACAUGCUUAGGUGUAUUUGACAGUAAUGUCAUUCCCUGAAUUAAAUAAAGAACACCUUGAACCAG